ACAAUGCAAUGUUGUGUCUUAGUAUUGACUUAUCACCUGUAAUUAGACUGUUUGGGGACGCAUCCAUCACACCUUAGUUAUUUUUGGUUUCGUUAACUUUUUUUCUUAAGCUUUUUAGUUUUGCUAUAGGUGAGUCGUGGACAGCAUUUGAAAAAAAGGGAAAAUGAUUCAUCCACUUCCGGUCAUUGUUGCUUUUUGCGUUCUAGCAUUAUGCAAUGGCCAAGGUGAAUAUUUCAUGUCCGGAGGAAGCGGGGGUUAUAGUGGCGGAAGAGGCGGCUCAUACAUGGGAAUGGACAUGGGAUCGUCUUACAUGGGAGGAGAUAUGGGAAGGUCUUACAUGGGAGGAGAUAUGGGUUCGUCUUAUAUGCGAGGAGGUAUCGGAUCGUCUUAUAUGGGUGGAGAUAGCGGACCGUCGUUUAUGGGAAGAGACACGGGACCAUCGUUUAUGGGACGAGACUCGCCAUAUAUGGGUGGUUCUAGAGAUCCGUAUAUAGGUAGUGGUUUUGGCGGAGAUUCUUAUACAAGAGGCCGUAGAGGAGACAGUGGUCGGUUUGAUAGAUAUAGAGGAGAUGCAGGGUCCCGAUAUCGCGAUGGUAUGGACAGACGCAGUAGUAGAUCUAGUGGUAGGAGAGACGAAAUUCCAUCCGAAGGACACAUUGGAGCCCGCGGUGGUCAGAAUGGUUUUCCAGUUCAGGGAGGUUAUUGUGCGGACUCUGGAACUGGUCCAUGCAGUGAUGGGGGACAAAGCGCUGGAGUUGGCAAUGGAUAUGGAACAGGGACGAAAGCGGCUAUGAAUCGAAGGAUGAUGACGGGAGAAAAUGAAAGUAUCAGAUUCUAUGAAAUGACUUCUGGUGGACCAUCAACUGUUGGUGGAGGAAUGGGUGGUCCACCUGGAAUGGGUGGUCCUCCUGGGAUGGGUGGUCCUCCUGGAAUGAUGGGAAUGGGAGGUCCAAUGGGAGGAGGUUAUGGUCCACCAGGGGGCGGUUUUAUGGGAGGGCCAAGCAUGCCCUAUUUCUAAUAUAUUGUUAUAUUAUUUGUUAAUUAAAUAUUUAAGGACAAAUUUUCGAGAAAGCUGCAAUCACACUAUACAAAACACUUGAAGUAUUCGAAUAAUUAUCAGAAAAUAUUUAUUUGUGAAGCAUCAUUUCUAUAUUUCAACAAACAAACGUUGUGUCUAACUUAAACUAACUGAGACUGAGAAUUAGCAUAUUCAUUUUCUCGGUUUACAUCGUUUCUUCGCAGAUUUAUCCCUAGCAAAAGAGGCAGUGUGA